UGUGUCAACAACAACGCCACUAGUAUAUGAAGUUCUUCAUCUAGUGACAGAUCUAACCCUGUUAGAUCUUCAGGACCGCGGAGCACCGCACUUGGUAAACUUGUCGGGAAUUUUUACUUUUGCCAAAGUUUUUUUUGUGCGGGGGUGGGGGGGGGGAUAUUACAUCAUUUGGCACAGAAGGAAGCGUCUCGUAGCUUCAUAAGAGCGAAACGAUUGCAGCCUGGACUACAGAUACUUUUUAAGGAGAGAGAGAAAAAAGAAACAUUACUGCGUUUUCUGCUUCCACACCUUAAACGCAAGGUCACAAGUUUAUCGAAGUGCGCAAAGACAUGACAGCGAUAGCUGGGGCAGUGCCAAGGAUGAUGAGACCCUCGCCUGGGCAGAAUUACCCGCGUAGCGGAUUUCCACUUGAAGUUUCUACCCCUUUAGGUCAAGGAAGAGUAAAUCAGCUUGGUGGAGUUUUCAUAAACGGCAGACCUUUACCAAAUCAUAUCAGGCACAAAAUUGUGGAAAUGGCUCAUCACGGUAUAAGGCCCUGUGUCAUCUCACGCCAGCUCAGAGUGUCCCACGGCUGUGUGUCAAAGAUCCUAUGCAGGUAUCAAGAGACAGGUUCUAUCCGACCCGGAGCUAUCGGCGGAAGCAAGCCCAAGCAGGUGACAACGCCAGACGUGGAGAAGAAAAUUGAGGAAUAUAAGAGAGACAAUCCUGGGAUGUUUAGUUGGGAAAUACGUGAUAAAUUACUGAAGGAUGGAAUUUGUGACCGAAAUACUGUCCCCUCAGUGAGCUCAAUUAGUCGAAUUAUGAGGAGUAAAUUUGGAGGCAAGGGUGAAGAUGAAGACGAUGAUGAUGAAAUCGAAAGAAAAGAGUUUGAAGAAAAUGAAAAGAAAACGAAACACAGUAUCGAUGGGAUCCUUGGAGAUAGAUCGAGCCACUCGGACGAAGGUUCGGAAGUGGAGUCUGAGCCCGACUUGCCUCUUAAACGAAAGCAGCGGCGGAGCCGAACCACCUUCACGGCCGAGCAGCUGGAGGAACUGGAGCGGGCGUUCGAGAGAACCCACUACCCCGACAUCUACACGCGGGAAGAGCUGGCCCAAAGAGCAAAGCUCACGGAGGCACGGGUGCAGGUGUGGUUCAGUAACAGAAGAGCAAGAUGGCGGAAGCAAGCAGGAGCCAAUCAGCUAAUGGCUUUUAAUCACUUGAUCCCUGGGGGUUUCCCCCCAGCAACAAUGCCAACCUUGCCACCCUACCAGCUGUCCGACAGUCCCUAUCCCCCUACAUCCAUCUCACAAGCAGUGUCUGAGCAGAGCAGUACUGUGCACAGGCCUCAGCCCCUGCCUCCCACCUCCGUUCACCAGGGCAGCCUGAACCCAGCCCCCGAGAGCAGCUCGGCCUACUGCCUGCCCUCCAGUCGCCAUGGCUUCUCGGGCUACACAGACAGCUUUGUGACUCCGUCAGGACCCUCCAACCCCAUGAACCCCACCAUCAGCAAUGGCCUUUCACCUCAGGUAAUGGGACUUUUAAACCCUGGUGGUGUUCCUCAUCAACCCCAGAGUGACUACGCCAUCUCUCCUCUUACUGGCGGGCUGGAGCCCAGCACUGCAAUGUCUGCCAGCUGUAGUCAAAGACUGGACCACAUGAAGACUCUGGACAGUCUUCCCAGCUCCCAGUCAUACUGCCCUCCAACCUACAGCUCAUCAGGAUACAGCGUGGACCCAGUUGCCAGCUAUCAGUAUGGGCAAUACGGCCAAAGUAAGGUGCCUUUCAUUAUUUGAAGCCCGAUAUUGCAUGAACUGAAGUGUCUACUGAAAGCUUCUAGUUAACCCUCAAAUUUCCCUUGCUCCAAAACCUUGGGAAGGGGGUUGUGCUCCAGUCUGCUACAAGAAGGGUUUAUUCAGAUAAUCAGGACCAAAAGGACUGCCUCUCAAAUUACCUGGCAUCUGACUCAUUAAUUUCACAUCAUGCUUUGAAAAUGAAGCCAGUUUCAUGCAAAAAAAGAAGAAAAAAAUAUAUUCUGCAUUUUAUUUCUAAUGAAUGGCAGAAAGACCAUUAAAAACAGACUUCACCAACAAGUUAUUUUGCUUUCAAGGCAACACAGAUGGAAUUUGGCAUGGGACAAUCCUGAAGUGAGUCUGGACAGCUAAACUAGGAGCAACUGUCUAUCUGAACAGUAAAACAUGAGAUCUAGUCUGUGUGGAUGAGCAGAACUCUAACAGAGCCUUCUUCUGUGUUGUAAGCACUACUUCUUUGGUUUAUGGUCAUUUUGGUGGAUGGGAUCUGUAUUCAUUGCAGAUAGAAAUCUGAUCUUUUUAAAGGACACGUAUAAGGUUUCUUUGAAAUGGGUGAUCAAACAUUAAUCAAUCAAAUUUUACUUGCCUAGAGCCUUUUGAUUUUGAGCUUCAUCUCAGACCUCUUUGUAAAGUCAGGUACACUAGGAGCCUACUACAAACAUGACACAGAAAGUGCACGCUUUGCAGAACAAAAAUACCAUUAUCUGAAAAUAAAUGGAAUUUGCAUACAAGCAUUGUACGCAUAUAGUAUUUUCAUAAGGUUUGUGGAAAUUACAAGGAGCUGGAAAAUCCUAAGCAAUGUCAGGAGAGAGUGAACAGGAAACUGACAACAAUCAGCGAUUAGGACCUGAAUAUGAAAAGAAAUGUCAUAAUGACAAUUUAGACAACAGUCAGAAUGACAUUUUUGACAACAGGUUAAGGGAUAGCCAGAAAGAAAAUGUUUAGAUCUGAACAAGAAAGGUGUAGAAAUCAACAUUUAAAUAGCUUACAACCAUUCUGAAAAAUUGAGGGGACUGGAAUUUGCCUGUGUGCGCCACCAGUCCUAGUAAACUUUCAAAGAAUAUGUGGAAGACCAAUGUACAGUAUAUAGCGGAUUACAAACUGCCUAAGUGCAAUAUUAAGUACCUCAGAAUUUUAAAAGAAAAAAGUGGACCUAUGAAUACGUCUUAUAUAGUGUCAAAAAUGUAUUUUUACAUUACCAUCUUUAUUUUUGUAUUAAAAUGGACCUUCGACAUGUCUGGUUGUGUGUAUUCCAAACUCCGGAGGAUGCAAUCACUUCUGAUUUAUUGUGUAAAUCGCUGAUGUUUUUUACACACGUAAGGUGCUGGAACAGCUAACGCAUUGUUUUUCCUUUGCAAAAUAAAAAAACAGGAUUGACGAUUUUUUCUUUCUGUGACAUGGACACCUACGAAGGGCAAAUUGUUUUCAUGAAGUGGUGUAUCACCCCAGUCAGUACUUCUGUGUAAAUAAAACCAGCAAACAAAAACAGGACUGCAACUACUAAGUUGCAGUGUUAUUUAUUCUUCUGUACCACUUAGCUGGUGUUUAGUACGUAUAGUUCUUGUCUCAGAUGUAGCACUCUACAGUAGAUUGUACAUUUGUCUUAAUGGUGGAGGAAACUGAAAUAAAACGUUUUUUUUAUUUUGAGUACCCUUUGUUUUAUGGCUGCACAGAAUGAUUGUAAUGUAAAAUGUCUUGUGUACAAAUGCAGUAAUAUUUACUAUUUAUAAUAAAAAAUAAAAAAUAAAA